AUUUCCUUCUUCCUCUCUCUUUUUCUCUCUUUACACAUAAUUAAGCAAUUUCACUCUGUUCAUCAUGGCUUCUUCUGCUAUAUCCACAUGUAGCAGCAUGGAAAAUGCACCACCUUUGUACUUUGAUGAGAAGUGGAAGUUGUCAAAGAAGGAAGGGUCGACCAGGAGCAGAUCUUCAAGCACCCCUUUCAUGAAGAGUUCAACGCAGAAGAAGUGUGCUUUUGCUAGCAAGUGUGCUGUGCUUGUGAAGGAACAGAGGGCUCGUUUCUACAUCAUGAGGCGCUGCGUCACAAUGCUUAUCUGCUGGCGUGAUUACAGUGAUUCCUGAAGAAAAUGAAAAAAAAAGGGUUGAUGAGGGAGACACAAAGGGAUCUUGAGAGAGCUUAAAGUUCUCUCCUUUUCUUUUUCAUUUUUUUUUAAAGUACCCCCCUCUUCUUCCCUUUUGCAUAAAGAUCCUUUUUGGUGCUUCUUCCGUGGAAAUGGAGGCCAGUUUGAUCUUUUUGUUGGCGUCAGUCAAAAGAGGAAGAGAUAUACUUGUACAUAAAAAAUAAAAAUAAAAUUCUUGGCUAGAAAUUUUCAAUUUUUUUUUUUUUUUUUUAAGGAUGCUUUGAAGCUCCAUCAAUGGAGUGUCAUGUUUAUGCCUUCAAGGUGUUGCUUUUGUUAAGGUUUCUGGCUACCUGAUAAUAGAAGAAAAAAUAUU